UGUCUCGAAAGCCAUACGAGGUGUUCUUCUCAACCUGCAAACAAGCUCCCGGUUCGAGUGAUCGAUGUUGGUCCUUCCGAUGGAUCAAAGGAUCCCUACCUGCUUGAGGAGGAUUUAAAGUAUACAACUCUCAGUUAUUGCUGGGGACAAUGUCAGACUUUUGUCACUACACUUGAGAAUAUCGAAGCGAUGAAGAAGAUGAUACCCUGGGACAAAUUACCCCGCACUAUCCAAGACGCCAUCUUGAUCACUCGAGGACUCGGCAUACAAUACAUUUGGAUUGACGCUCUAUGUAUCAUUCAAGACUCUCCGUCAGAUUGGGCGGCGGAGUCCGUUAAAAUGGCAGAGAUCUAUGGAGGUGCAUUCGUGACCAUCUCUGCUGCACUCGGUCCUGAUGUCCAUUAUGGAUUGACGAAAUGUCAAGUCAGUCAAGGGUUGCAAGUACCAAGGUUCGAAUUACAGAAGAAUCCUUUGUAUUCUCGAGCUUGGUCCUUGCAGGAACGAAUGCUCUCUCCACGAGUGCUAAUAUUUGGCAUCGAAGGCCUCUAUUGGGAAUGCUAUCAACAUGGCAAUUCCAGUCGAAUCAUGUAUCGACUUCCCGAGAACCCUUCUCCUCAAGACUGGCACAUCAUCGUCGAGGACUACACCUGCCGCAACCUAACAAAUGAACGAGACAAACUUCCAGCAUUGGCAGGCCUAGCAAAACUGUACGGGCAGAUGAAUCUCCAGGAUUACAUCUGCGGCUUAUGGAAACAGACAUUGAUACUUGAUCUAAUGUGGGCUCAGCACUGGGUACUGCUUGGAAAUCCUGCGAUAAUAAAUCCCCCAACAAUCUACCGGGCGCCCUCAUGGUCGUGGGCCUCAGUCAACGGG